AUGCAGCAGCAGCUUCAGCUAUUUGGAUGUUACGCGGAUAAAGGCAUAAUAUCGUUUAAUUUGUUAGUUUUAAUUUUUCUUUACUUUCACUUGGAUUUCGGCUUCUUAGCCCCGGCCUUUAUUGCAGACCCUCUCGGCGCACUCGUAGGCAAAGCAAUCAAAACCCCCAAGUGGAUUGGAGAAAAAACCGUUGGAGGUUCUGUAGCGGUGUUUAUCGGCGCAUUUAUCUCUGCCUUCCGCGCAAAGGGUUUAGCAGUGCGCUGGGGUUUAGCUGCAGGCUGUGCACUCUUAGAAGCAGCCGGGGGCUCUCUUGAUAAUUUAGUUAUGAAUAUCCCUGUCUUCGCUUACUACUGGGCUACUGUUGCAGCUGCCAAGCAAGGGCAGGCAGUGGUGUACAUGCAUACCAGUGGACCCUCUCUGCUUCUCGCAGUGUUGAGAAGCAACAAUAUCUGCCCAUACAGUGUCUUCAUUGCAUUGCACCGCAGCAGCAGCAGCUACAGCAACAGCAGCAGCAGCCAGCAACGGCAGCAGCAGCAGCCGAUGCCGAGCAGCAACUCUCAGUAUGGGGCCCCAUCAGGGUCUUGCGGCAGCCCUCGGCCCCCUCUUCCUCCCGACUCCGGGGGCCCCUCUGGGGGCCCCCCAACUGCUGCUGCGCUGCAGGGGGCCCCCCAGCAAGUUGGUGCAAGCAGGGUACAGCAGGGGGGGCCCCAGAGGCCCCCUGAAGUCAGCGGGGGCUUCCAUAGAGAGGCCCGCCUUCCCCUUAGACCCGUUGAAAAUCUGCACGUGAACAGGAAGUCUAAACAUAGAGAGCUGCAGCCACUGAAACACAAACAGCAGCAGCAGCAGCAGCAGCAGCAACAACAAGGGGGCCAGCAUGAAGAACGCACGCGAGAAGUGGGUCUCAAGAAGCUGCAGCAGGAGCAGCAGGAGCAGCAGGAGCAGCAGCAGCAGCAGCAAGAACAGCAGCAGCAGGAAGGAAGUGGCACCCGAGUGAAGCGAAAACAGCACGGCGCCACAGCACGAGCAGCAGCAGCAGCAGCAGCAGCAGCAGGCACAGCAGCGGAGGAAGUUCCAGCAGCAUUAACCACAGCAGCAGCAGCAACAACAACAACAGCAGGAGCAGCAGCAGCAGGUGUAGCGUCCGGCGGAGAAGCAUUAGCAGCAGGUGCAUCAACAGCUCCAGGAGCCUCCACAGCAGCAGCAGCAGCAGCAGCAGCAACAGCAGCAGCAACAGCAGCAGAAGGUACUUCAAAAGGUGCUUUUCCUCCUCUAGGAAGCACAAAGAAACCACGUAAACGCCCACUGCAGGCAGCAGCAGCACAGGGGGUAAGUAGGGGCCCCUCUUUUCGUAUUAACAUCGCACUGUAUGGACAGCAGGGGGCCCCCAGCGGGGGCCCCCCUGGGGGCCCCCAGGCAGCAGGAUCCUCUGAUGCUGCUGCUGGCUGCAAAAAGGAGGAAGAAAUAACUGCUGCAGCAGAAGGGAGACUCGCACCUCCAGCAGCAGCAGCAGCAGCAGCAGCAGCAGCAGCAGCAGCAGAAGAGGAAGAAGAAGAAGAAGAUGUAGAGGACCCAGAAGCAACAGCAGAAGCAGAAGCAGCAGCAGCAGCAGCAGCAGCGGGAGCAUCAGGAGCAGCAGCAGCAGCAGCAGGAGAAGCUGUUCCUGUGGCAGUAGCUCGUGCAGCAGAUCCCUUUGCCGCUCUUCCUGCUGCCCCUCUCUCUAUGCGUCCCUCCUCCUCCUCCUCCUCCUCCGCUGCAGCAGCUGCAGCAGCAGCAGCAGCAGCAGCAGAACCUUUAGUUGUGCUAGUAAAGGAUGAUGAAGAGAUAUGGAGGGAGUGGGAGGGCCUUCGCUUACUUGGAGAAGGUGUAUACGGCCGAGUGUAUUUAGUGCAGCACAGACUAACGAAAGAAACUCUAGCAUUUAAGAGAAUGUAUCUGCACUCAAAGAGAAAGGAGAGCAUGACAGAGCAGCAGCAGCAGCUGCUGCAGCAGAAUCAAGAUGCAGAAGCAGCAGCAGCAGCAAGAGGAGGGGGCCCCUUGCCUUCUGUUCUACAGCGAGAAGUAGCUGUUCUUAAAGCAUUAAAAAAUAAAUAUAAUAUUAUCAGCUUACAAAAAGUUUAUAUCGGCAGCCACAGAUGCUAUCUGGGGUUUCCUUUAGUUUUAGGGGGCACCCUAGCAGAGUUUCUACGACGCUGCAGCUCUUGGGCGGAGUAUAUACGCCUCAGCAGCAGCAGCAGCAGCAGCAGUAGUAAUAAUAGUAAUAGUAGUAGUAGUUGCUGCAGCAGCAACAGCAGCAACUGCAGCACAGGAAGUACUGCCAACAGUCAGAAUGCAGCAGCAACUCAGCACUCCUUCAGCCCAUCGAAUUGCUUCUGCCGAGAAAAUCUACUAACAGACACCCCAAACAAGAAGCAGCAGCAGCAGCAGCAGCAGCAGCAGCAGCAGCAGCAGCCGGAGGGAGACGCGGAUAUGUUUGCAGCAAUACAUGAAAGGCGAAUAACUCAUAGAGAUAUUAAACCCGAUAAUAUUUUGCUGCAGUGGCAGGAGCUGCCUAUACACCCCAAACAAGCAGCAGAAACUGCACGCAAAUAUUCCCUCAACUUGCAACGACAAACACCAACAAACAAACAGCAGCAGCAGCAGCAGCAGCAGCAGCAGCAGCAAGAGCAGCAGCAAGAGCAACAGCAGCGUGAGACUGAGGAAGAGUUAUCUGAAGCGCGAGAAGCAGCAGCAGCAGCAGCCAAAGCAGCAGCAGCAGCAGCAGCAGCAGCAGAAGCCAAAGCAGCAGCAGAAGCAGAACAAGAAGAAGCAGAAGAUGAAGAUGAAGAUGAAGAAGAAGGAGAGACAGAUGAAGGAGAGACAGACGGCUUAUCUGUAGAGUGCGUGUUAAUGGAGUGUCUGUGCGGGUCUGAAGUAAUCGAAGGGUCUUGCGAAGUCUCCUGCAUAUUUCGAAUACUGCAAACUUUCGGCACUCCUUCAGAAGAAGAAUGGCCAGAAAUACACAAACUCCCAUUCAUGAGCCGGCUGCUGCCUGUCUUUCCUAAACACCCGCUUGCAAUUGAAGGAGUUCUCGCAGAAAAAGGCAGAGUUGAUGCACUCAGCAGCCCCGCCUGGAUGGAGCUCCUCAACAAGCUGCUGCAAGUGAACCCCGAUCACCGCAUCAGCGCAGCUGAAGCUCUCCGCCUUCCUCUCUUUAAACAACUACCGCCUUCUGCUUAUCUCUAA